AUGGUAAAGUGGUCAAAAAAACGGGCAAUUCUGGUGUGUUUGUUGGAAUAUUCUCUUCCUGGGACAAUAUUCUGUAGAGUACAAUGCUACGAGAACAAUCUGCUUGCUAAUUUGCAUACUAAAGAGCAGUUCGUGUUGACCGUAAACUCCUCGCUAUGCAGAAUUUCACGUGCCCAGAGUGCUGAGGUGGAGGAAGCUGAUGCUGUAUCUCCUCUGAACAGAUCUUCAGCCCCUAUUGGGGAAACCCCAAAUGCUCCUCUACCUGCAAGAGCCACAGAACCUGCUGCUCCUGCACACCGAAUCACGGCUCCAAAUACCCGGCCAGGAGUACCCACCCGGGCACCUAGACCAGCCAAUGGAGCUUUACGACCUCCCGCAUCCAGGAAUGCUGGGCCUACACGCACUCCUGGGCCGGUUCGAGGUGUUCCCAGACCUACAUCUUCAGGGGCUCUUAAUGUGAUUUACAAGAGAGGCAAAAUCUCUGUCCUCAGAAGAUACUGUGUCCCCAUUACAACCACAGUACUGGUCUUGGCUUCCCUUGUGGUCAUCGCCAUUCUGAUUAAGGUGGUCUUGGAUAAUUACUAUUUCUUCUGCCUCAAAUCAUUCAAGUUCAUAUCGUUGGAAAAAUUGUGCGAUAGGAUCCAAGACUGCGCUAGUGGGGAAGAUGAAAUCCGGUGUGUGAAACACGUUGGGUUCAAUUCAACCCCCAUAGUUAGGUUCUCGGAGCAGUUCUCAGCCCUGCAGGUCCUGGUGACAUCGACACAAACAUGGAGCUGGGUUUGCUCAGAUAACUUUGACAACAGCAAAGCAAAGGCGGUUUGUGCGCAGAUUGGAUAUGCAAGUACCCCUGUUUUCUCUUCUGUGACCAUCGCACGCUUGAGCAACCCAUCUGCUUUUGGCUUCAGUAAUGUCCAAGUGCUGAGUAAUGAGUUGCAAGUAAUCCCAAUGUUGGGGGGAAGUUGUCCUUCUGGUUCAAUUAUUUCUCUCCGAUGUGCAGCAUGUGGUCCCAUCCACAAGCAGGAGAGAAUCAUUGGGGGCAGUGAUACCACCAUUGAGAUUUGGCCCUGGCAGCUCAGCCUUCAGUACAUGGGACAACACGUGUGUGGCGGCAGUGUGCUCAACCAGAACUGGAUCCUCACUGCAGCGCACUGCUUCAAGGGGCAGGAGCAGGUUGACCGGUGGCGAAUCCAAGUGGGUUUAACAAAACUCUCGUUCCUCUUUGGUUUGCAAGUGGAUAGCAUUUUUGUUCACAAUCUAUACAACUAUGAUCAAAAGCCAAAUGACAUAGCCCUGAUGAAACUCAAGAGCGAUCUUCGGUUCUCAGCUUCUAUUCAGCCAAUAUGUCUUCCUGGGUUCGAUAUCAGCUUGUUACCAGCUACGGUGCUGUGGGUGACUGGCUGGGGUGACACACAAGAAGGAGGAAGUUUAGCAACUGUACUCCAGCAGGUCUCCAUCCAAGUUAUCUCUUAUGACACUUGCAACAAUGAAUAUGGCCAAAUCCUGCCAAGCAUGUUGUGUGCUGGGAGAGUGUCUGGUGGUCUUGAUACUUGCCAGGGAGACAGUGGGGGACCAUUGGUAUCCCUUGAAGACCGAUGGGAGCAAGUUGGCAUUGUGAGUUGGGGAGAUGGCUGCGGAAGGCCUGGAAGAGUUGGUGUGUAUACCAAGGUGCCAUCGUUUCUCGAUUGGAUCCAUGCAAUAAUGAAGCAGGAGUCGUGAACCUUCCAGCAUCGACUUUAAUUAUCUUCAGAGGAACAUAAUCUUAUGCAAUUUGCAGUGAAGCUACCUCCUGAACUUGUUCUCUGCAGGACAGUGGUAUGCCAGCGACUGUGCGUUCCAGAACAUUAAUGGACCUUCACCGGUGAUCUCCUUAAUGCCAGAUUUAGCGGAUCUCUUCCUGGUCUAUUUGACACGCACUGCAGAGGCAUGUUUGUCACAUAUACACGGGCCGAUGAUUUGGGCCAUAUUUUAUUAUAUUUAUGUUUAUUUAAUGGAGGCAAACUGAGCAUUUUUAAAAGCAAGUGUACUUGAUCCAUUAAAUGUAGAACACGCUCUACUAUUCUAGAACUAUCCAUUCAUCGAAUCUGGUUUAUAACCUAAACACCCACACUUCAUCAAACCUUCUAUACUUAUUAACUUCGGAUUGAACACUCUGUUCUGGUUCUGAAUGGAAAUAUCUAGACAAUGCUCGGGUUCUUAAAGUACAUCACAAAAUCCAUGCACUGUUCUAACGUGUUCCUAAUUACAUGCAUGUACAUAGGUGUAUUUUUAAGUGGAAUUGUGUAAAUAUGUGUUUUUUUUAUGAUUAAAUGUUACAUUGAAGUGUG